CGAUGGUCCUGGAGAUGAAAAUGCAUCUUCCAUUAAUUCAGAAGCUGAUCAGUCCUCAGUUGAACUUGAAAAGGGUACUGUUGACAGAGAAAAUUGUGACGAAUCUGUAAGUGGUGAUAAGAUGGAUGAUCAGCUAAAGAGUACUAAUGUAAGAUUGAAACUUUGUAGUAGUGUUCCAUGGACGAGGCUAGAAGAUACACACCACAUAUUGUUACCAAAAAUAUAUUGUUUGAAAUUUUGCUCCAAUCAUUUACAUCAGGCUAUUUCAUAACUGCAUUAGUGCAAGGUGUAGUGUGCCUUUUAGCGUCCUCAGAGAUUGUUGAAUUCAAAAAUUAUUCAUUCAAAUGUAUUUUCAUAACAUACUUGGCAUAACAGAUGACAACGUAUAUUGCAUGCUGCUGAAUGAAUGGAAUUAAUAACCUUCAUUAGGUUUUAAAUCUCAAUCGUUUUCAAUAUUACAGGAAAAUGAACACAGUUUUGUAGAAUUCGCCAACAAUUUGCAUCUAAACGAUAUUCUCUUCAUGAUACUUCAUUUUUACAUUAAGCAUAAACUCACCCAGAAUGCUUUAGAGGAUUUAUUGAGCAUGCUCAACGCAUUGGCAAAACGAACACCGUUUUCACAAUCUUUCACAUUGUUUGCAAAACAGUUUCCGGAUCCGUACAAAAUGGAAAGAAACUAUUUUUGUGUAAAUUGUCAGUUCGGUGAUGAUUACCGAAACUUUAUAUAGGACAACGAUGCUUGAGAUGGCAGUAUACUUAUGUCACAGACAAACAGACGUGCCCCGAAGAUAAAUCUAAAUCUUCGUCCUCGUUUGAAACGUUACACUUAUGCGCCAUCAUGUGAGUUUACUGCUUACUAAUUAAUUUUUGAGAAAACGGUUUUUGUUGUAGCUUACAGCGACACCAGUGGCAUUAAUGCCUACUAAACGAAAUUUCGAAAUAAUCGUUAUUUUUGUAGACGAUGAAAUCGUGAUCAAGUGGCACGUCGGUUUGCCUGUGCCUAUAUGUUAAUGUUUUGUGUUUACAUCAUUCAUUCAAUAAUACAAACAUUAUGUAUAUAAUAAAGUAAUUUACGUAACGCGAGCCAAUUCUUAGCAGAUUAUCAUUGUUUGACCAAUCCCCAGAAAGGAUAUAUUUUGAGUAAAUUUUAAGGUUCGACGGAAAACCAGAAUCUGACUUGAAAUGCCCUGUGGAAAAUUGUGGCUCUAUGUCAAAAGACUUUUUCAUCAUGUUUCAGAUAGAGCAUCAAAUACGCCAGCUAUACUCAAAAUAUUCCAAAGAAAUUAUACACUACGCAGAAUACAUCGAAACUAAGAACAUAGCUGAUAUCAACCGAGGCACGUUGGCAAAAUCUAUAAAGACACUCGGAAAUAACGCGGUCAUAACGCUUUCGGCAAAUGAAGAUGGCGCUGCCGCGUAUAAAAGUACAAAUAAAAAGCCAGUGUAUCCGUUAUUUCUGGUUGUUAACAACCUACCUCCGAAGAUCCGAUUCAACAAAAAUAAUCUAAUAUUAGCCAGUCUAUGGUUCAAUAGCGGCAAACCAAACAUGGCUCUUUUUCAUAAAAAAAUUAUAAUUGAACUGCAAAAGUUGCGAAACGGAAUGUCAGUUGGAACAAAGUUAUACAAUGUAGUUCUUCUGCAUUGCAGCCUAGAUUCUGUUGCUAGAUGUGAGCUGUUGUGCUCAAAACAGUUUAACGGGAGAUACGGCUGCACCAUGUGUUUGCAUCCAGGAGAAUUGGUCAAUAAUCAAAUUCGAUAUCCUUAUCAGAAGGCUAAGUUGAGGCAAGAUGUUGACACGCGAAAGAUUAUGUUCGAAAUUCAAGAGCCGAAAUCAUCACAAAUUUUGCAUGGAAUAAAGGGACUGAGUGUGUUAGUGGGAGUUCCAGACUUCAACAUAAUUGAUGGGUUACCUGUGGAUUACAUGCAUAUGGCGCUAUUAGGUGUUACAAGGACUAUAUGGGAGUUACUGAUGGAGAACCCAGGCGAUAGUAAAAAUCAGCCUUAUUACAUUGGAAAUAAGAAAAAAAUAAUAGAAAGUAGACUUUUGUCCAUCCGACUACCAAGUAGCUUUCCCCGAAGACCACGAAGAGUGGAAGAGUACAAAAAGUUCAAGGCAUCAGAAUGGGAGACAAUUUUACUACAUAUUUUGUACCCGUGCUUAUCGGAUUUGUUACCAAAAUCAUAUUUAAACCAUAUAAUGUUAUUUGCCACCACUAUCUUUCAAUUAUUAGAAUUCAGUAUUCAGGAAGACACCUUAACAGCGUGUGAAAAAAAUUUAAUAAAAUUUGUCAAGGAUUUCGAAAAACUGUACGGAAAAUCAUAUUUGCUGUACAAUAUUCACCUUUCUUUACAUUUAGUCAACUCUGAUCGGAAUUUAGGUGCGUUGUGGAAUUUUUCGCUCUUCCCUUAUGAAAAUGGCAACGGAAUGUUAAUAGGUUAUCAUACAUCAAAUAACCAUCCAGUGCUUCAAUUGGCAACCAAAUUUUUUUGGAUAAAAUUGUUCAUCACACGUGUGUACCAAUUAGCUCUCCAAUUCACCAAUGGACAGAGAGAUUAUGGAAUUCACCAGCAAAACACAUUCAAUUUGAUCCUUCCUUAAGAGCCUCACUUGAGGAUGAUAUUACUGCUGACGACAUGAUUAGUGAAACAGAUUUUAACGAUAUAGGAAAAUGUUAUUAUGAAGGAAUUAAGAUAUGUGGUAAAGAAGAAUGUAUACAAUUUGCAUAUGAUGAUUCCUAUAUAUUUCUCAAUGGUUCUUUCUACAACGUGCUUCGCGUUUUUAUUGAUAGAGCAGGAAAAUUGUACAUUGUAGGUGAGAAGAUGACUGUUAGGAAACUUUUUGAAAAUAUGUUUCUCUAUGUACUUUCAAAGAAUAUCAUGUUAUUAUCGCUUAAUGAAACAGUUCGACAAUGUGUAAGUGUGACAGUGAAAACUUCAGAAGGAAUUUUGAGAAAUUAUGUAUCUAUUUGCAAGAUUCGAACACAAAUAGACUAAACCUAACAAAAUUUUUGAAUAUAAAAAAACGUGUUUUAGAAAAAAAAUCAAAACUGGUAGGAAUUGAUUUGGAAUUGGAUGAAAAUAUCUCGUCAAACAGUACUGAGGCACAUAUUUCUUGGUCCGAACACUUUUAAUCACCUUUAUUACAGGAUUUGAUAUCAUAUCUUAUCAAGAUAUAUUCAUGUUAAUGAUGAUCAAUUAUCAAAACAAAAUCAGAUCAGGUUGUGUUACUUGUAUCUCACGUAGAUAGGAUUUUGUUUUAAGUUUGUUAUGCUCUUCUGAUCGGAAGCGUGCUCAGUUGGCGUACUUGGGAGGCCCAGGGUUACAAGAGCUACUUCAUCAUCUGCCUGGAGUAGAUCAAGCUUCAACAUGUGUCAGUGGAUCCCCCUUUCUAUGACGUGGCGAUCAAGUGUCUCGAUGGAUACUUUGAACCUUUUCGUCGUAAAACUUACGAGCGUCAUUUGUUUCAUCAAAUCUCCCAAGCUAAAAAAGAACGGUUUGCCGAUUUCGUGAUGCGUCUACGGAAACAAAUCGCUAGGUGUAGUUACCAGCCAUCAGUAGUGGAAGAGUUGAUCGCGGACCGUAUAGCUCAAGGUUGUUCCUCCGAGGAUUUGCGCAUUAAACUUCUCCAAAAAGAUCGUUCGCUUGAAGAAGUGGUUGCACUGGGAACUAGCAUGGCUGAGUCCUCGGAUCAGUCAAGAAAGUUUCAUAACCAUCCGAAAACGGAAUACCACGAUGUCAAUGCUAUCGCAGCCCAGCGAAAAAUAAUUUCACGGUACAAAGUUAGAUUUAACGAGAGAUUUCGUAAGCAAACGGAACGUUAUCCAACAUCGAAUGAUCGUUUUAUAUGUUACAGUUGUGGAAAACGUGGACAUAUACAGAGUAGUGCUGAGUGUCCUGCCAAACACAGUGAGUGUGCCAAUUGUGGAAAGCUAGGCCAUUGGGCCAAGCACUGUUAUUCUCGUGAACAGGCUCAAAAACGUCGUCAGGAUCCACACCCAGGUGAUCCAAAACCCAAGCGAAUUCGUGCUGUCACUGAAGAAAGCGAAAAGCAACAAAGGAAAGAUUACAUUUUCUACGCGAUGGGACGGAAUGUGUUUAACUUCAAGGUCGGGGGUGUGGAGAUUCCCAUGAACAUUGAUUCUGGUGCGGGUGCAAAUAUGAAAUAUGAAAGAGGAGGGUGUGGAAACGAACAAAACGAAGGCUAAAUUCUACGUGGUGGAGAACGGACAACAAUGUCUCCUUGGGGAUCAUACAGCUAAGCAGUUACAGGUUCUCAAGACUGGAUUCAACAUCAAUGCAAUCCAAACAAAGCGAUCGACUCCCUUUCCUAAAAUACGAGGGGUUGUAAUGGAAAUUCCGAUAGAUAACAAGGUUCAACCGAUGCAACAACCUUAUCGACGCCCGCUAAUUGCAAUGGAAGGUAAAAUAGAGGAAAAACUUCGUGCACUGUUGGAGCAAGACAUCAUUGAACAAGUCAAUUGGCCUUCUCCGUGCAUCUCACCUAUGGUUCCAGUAGCAAAGGAUUCGAGGGACAUUCGUCUUUGUAUAGACAUGCGUCAAGCUAACCAGGCAGUUCUCCGUGAGGCACAUCCCUUGCCACUUGUUGAUGAACUAUUAGGAUCAGUGAAUGGGGCAGUUCGGUUCUCAAAAAUUGACAUUAAGGACGCUUAUCACCAGGUUGAAAUCUCAGAGCGUUCGAGACCAAUAACGACCUUUAUAACUAAGUACGGACUGUUCAGGUAAAGUUUUUUUUUGUUUGUUCCAUUAUAUCUUCGGAAUAUUUUAGAGAAAACCCUGUUAACGUUACAUUGAUUUUAUAAUUAAUAAUAAAAAUAUAUUCAGAUAUAAACGCCUCAUGUUCGGAAUAAGUUGCGCACCAGAACUAUUCCAGAAAGUUAUGGAGUCAGUUUUGGCCGGUCUUGAUGGUGUAAUUGUCUACCUGGAUGAUGUGGAUUGUCUGCGACUCUACAAAGAUUAUCGGAAUAUGACGUGCUUCUCAACGAUAAGAAGUGUGUAUGUAUAAGAAGUUGAUACACUAGAGUUUCUAGGACACG